GGUACGUAAAUAAAUGUUAUAGGAAAAUUAGUGUAACGCCUACCGGUUCGUUAAGUUGUUGUUCACCCCAACUUUAAUUAACUCUGUUCCUGUUGUUGAUAUUCCCAACCUUUUCAGAUGCCUAGAAUGGCUGACGAUGAGUUAUGUGAGAGCUUGCUUAUAUGGGUUCAAACGUUUGACCUAGAUGCACCCAGUGAGACGAUACAGGAUUUAACUGAUGGAGUAGCAUUAGGAGAAAUUCUAUGCCAGAUUGGGUCAUCUUUCUUCACACCGUCCUGGUUUGGUAGAUUGAAGCAAGAUGCUGGCGAUAGCUGGAGGAUACGAGUCAGUAACCUCAAGAAGGUCCAAGAGGGAAUCCUCGACUUUUACAAUGAGGAGCUUGGUCAGGAGCUGACAGAUUUCCAGCUGCCUGAUUUGAGUCAGGUUGGGGAACAUGCCAACCCCACAGAGCUUGGCAGGUUACUGCAGCUUGUGCUGGGAUGUGCAGUCAACUGUGAUCAUAAAGAAGAAUACAUCAGCACUAUCAUGGGUUUAGAGGAGUCCGUCCAGCAAGUGGUCAUGGAGGCUAUACAAGAGCUCAUGACGAAGGAGAUUGCAUCCACCUCGCCGCCGCCACCUCAAGAAGCCUUAGCACAUGUCGAAGGUCAACUCAAGAGGACGACUGAGGAGAAGGAUGAGGCCUUGCAGAGGUGUCAUGAACUAGACCAUCAGGUUGCAUCGUUAUUGGAGGAGAAGAAUGCUCUACAAGCUGAGAAUGAACACCUCACACUCAAGCUGGACCAUGGAGAUACAUUUGGAGACCCAAGCACUCCAGCAGGAAGGAGAUAUCAACAGCUCCAGGCUACAUGUGAUCACCUGCAGGAGGAGAUGUAUCGCAUAGAGGGCACCAGAGAUGACUACACUAUCAAGGUGGACAUGCUGCAGAGAGAGAACAUGGAGCUGGUACACAAGAACGAGCAGCUACAGAACCUAGCAGAAGAAGCUCGCUCUCUCAAAGAUGAGAUGGAUAUUCUCAGGCAUACCUCGGACAAGGUCAGCAAAUACGAAGGCACCAUAGACACGCUCAAGAAGAAGCUGGAAGACCUUGGAGACCUGAAAAGACAAGUCAAGCUCUUGGAAGACAAGAACAUCAUGUACAUGCAGAACACCAUGGAACUUGAAGAGGAGCUGAAGAAGGCCAACGCACUCAAGAGCCAACUAGAAACCUACAAGCGACAGGUACAUGAGCUCCAUUCCAAGAUGUCUGAAGAAACAAGACGAGCAGACAAGGCAGAGUUUGAAGCCACCAGAGCGCAAGAGAAAACAACUCAACUCCAAGCUGAAGCCGAGAGGUUCAGACUAGAAAGAGAUUCAUUGAAGGAGACCAAUGAAGAACUGACACUGAACCAGCUUCAAGGGAAUGCCUUUGGUGAAGGCGGAGUCAACAGUUCAGAGCUAGGAUCGUCAGGUCUCACUGCCAUGUUACCACCGGAAGUCAGAGAGAAGAUGAUUCGGUUACAGCAUGAGAAUAAGAUGCUGAAGAUGAAGCAAGGUGAGACAGCCGAUGAGCAGACGCAGCUACUACAGAGCCUCUUAGAAGAUUCAAACGCUAGGAAAAAUGACCUGGAGUCUGAGAACAGAAUCGGUAAUCAGCGUAUACUGGCACUCGAAGCAGAGUGUGAGGAAUUGAAACAACAGCAACAGAGAGAAGGCGUAUCCUCAAACGUCGUAGGAGAAUCUUCCCCGGGAAAGUUACCACCACCACCAUCAUCAUCUUCAUCGAUCGCAGACAUGUCAAAUGAGUUUAAUCAAGAACUCAGGAAGAAACUUCAAGAACACAAAGAGAAACUAAGAGAGAGUGAGACGGAACUGUCGAGAAAGAAGGCACAUAUUGAUGACCUAGAACCUAAAUUUACAAAUACAAAUGAGCAAGUACACAAGCUGAAAGACGUCUUACACAAAAAGGAGGAUGAGAUGCGAUCGAUGGAGGAGAGGUAUCGCAAGUACCUCGAGAAGGCCAAGUCAGUGAUAAGAACCCUAGACCCUAAGCACAGCACUGGAGCAUCAACCUCGGAGAUACAGCUUCUAAGAAGCCAACUCCAGGAGAAGCAGAAGCUCAUCGAACAUCUGGAGCAUGAGAGAGACAAGUCAAAGAUCACGAGGGAUACAGAAGAGAAAUUAGUUGUAUCAGCAUGGUAUAAUCUGGGGAUGCAGCUCCAUCGCAAGGCAGCUGAGGACAGAUUGUCCCAAACCGGCGGGGGCCAGUCGUUCCUAGCCCGACAGAGGCAAGCUUCAAGCCGUAGAUCACAAGCCAUCCUGAACAACAGCGGCAACUCAGCCAGAUAACCAGGGCCACCCGACCGAAUCCUUCUGGAAAUAAUGAAGACAAACAGAGACUUCAUCCAAAACCUCAUCAUUCAUACAGUACAUGUAUUUCCUGUUUAGAAGACAUCCUUCCAAGCCCCUGACAUGAUUGACACUCUGAUACAAUACUCUUGCAAGAUAUUGUAACAUCAAUAUUGUCUGUAGAGUUCUUAUGAACAGUAUCUUUGUAUUUGGUCCCUCGGAGAGGACCUAAAGCUGUCGGUCCCCUGGUUGCUUCUUAGCAGUCAGGUUAAAUAAGCCACUGUUUAGAAGAUAUCUUUGCAAAGCCCUGACAUGAUUAACACUCUGGUACAAUACACUUGCAAGAUAUUGUAACAUCGAUAUUGCCUGUAGAGUUCUUAUGAACAGUAUCUUUUUAUUUGGUCCCUCAAAGAGGACCUAAAGCUGUCGGUCUCCUGGUUGCUUCUUAGCAGUCAGGUAAAAUAAUCACCACUAAGCCACUGUUUAGAAGAUAUCAUUGCAAAGCCCUGACAUGAUUAACACUCUAGUACAAUACUCUUGCAAGAUAUUGUAACAUCAAUAUUGCCUGUGGAGUCCUUAUGAACAGUAUCUUUGUAUUUAGUCUCUCAGAGAGGACCUAAAGCUGUCGGUCCCUUGGUUGCUUACUAACAAGCAUUUAUGCUUUUUUAGCAAUCAGGUAAAAUAUCCACCACUAAGCCACUGUUUAGAAGACAUCGUUGAAAAGCCCUGACAUGAUUAACACUCUAGUACAAUACUCUUGCGAGAUAUUGUAACAUCGAUAUUGCCUGUGGAGUUCUUAAGUGAACUCACAUUGUUUGCACACUGGUAGAAAAUCUGUGCAAGGUAUUCUAGCAUUACAGUUCUGAACAGCAUCUUUUAGUUGUACAAUGCUCCUCUUGCUGUAUUGUUUUUUAAAAAAAACCCCUCCCUUUUGAGAAUAAAGGGACAGCUAAUGAUGCAAUGCUUUUUAUGCCUCCAAAAAUGGACGGGCCUGCAGUUGGAAGAGGAACAUGCUUAUUCCUUUCAUAAUAGAUAGGACUUGGCUUUGGUUAUAAUUGCUGUGUUUUAUGGCAGUACCUUUGUUCACUAUGGUGCUGUCUUAAGUGCUUGCUGCCCUCUCAUUUCAUUAUUUUAUUCAAUAGUUCUUAACUUUGCCUUUUUUUGAAAUACAUUUUUUUUAGUUAUAUAGACUUUUGAGUCAUAAACUGUGCUAUUUGUCCUUCUGUAUUUUGUAGGUUUUUUAUUUUAAAGGAACUGAUCAUCGUAGGUCAUUGCCAAAUGUGCAUAUAUAUAAUUGCUCUUAUCCUGGCUGUAUUCACUUUUUGUUAUCCUCCUUCAUUCAAUCAAUUUUUUGGUGAACAGUUGAACUUGAAAGAUAGAACCAGUGCUACUCUGGUGCUCCUUGGCUUGGCUUUGAUAUGAAGAUGGUAGACAUGUAUCAGUCUUUCCCUCAAAAUCCAAGUUUCUCAUACGUUAACAAGAUGUAUGAGCACUAAGCAAGUACAGGCAAAAAAAAAGAAGAAGAAGAAGAAGUGACAAAUUCAUUGUUCUGCAUCCCAGAUAAAAUUGUCAUUUGAAUUCAGUCGGUUGUUUCUUUUCAUCGAAAAGCAAGAACAUUAAAAAUGCUACCAGUGAAUGCAAAUUUUCCAAAAUGGCUGGAGCCUAAUCCUAUUUCUUAACAUGUUGCUUCUAAUGCAAAUGAGCCUCUUUGUAUCUCGUUGUUAAUUUGUACGGCUUGUAAAGAUCACUUGUCCAUAUUGAUGACUAUGCACCCAAUAGGUUUUUAAUGUUGCAUCCAAAUUCUGCUUAUAUGUGCGAUUAAUAUUAAGUGAUGAACACACAUGUUUUUGCUUCAAUGACCAUUUGGUGUUAUAAACGCAUUCAGGUUUAACUGAAAUGGUUGUAGGAAUUAUCAUAUUGAUGACUGUUCACAUUUCGGUUUUGAGUGUAGCAUCCCAAUUCUGCUCAUCUUUACGAAUUAAUAUUCAGUGAUGAACACACAUGUAUUUUGCUUCCAUGUCCAUUUGGUGUCAUGAUCGCCUUCAGGUUUAACUGAAAUGGUUGUAAGAAUUAUCUAAGUGGAACAAAAUUAUGUUUUGAGAGUACCUAAUGGUACAGUCCCUCACCAUUUUUUAUCACAUGUAGAUAACAAUUGACCAGUUUAUUCCCUUGCAUAGACAGGAAACGCUAUUAAGUUUUCCUUACUACCCUCAGAACAACAUUGGCAGGGAAAUUGGUAACGUCCAAGCUUUAACACAUAAUGAAUC